GGAUGAUCUAUUUCCCCCAUUGGUGCUCUGUCUUAUAGCUAGGAAUUGUGAGAUGCUCAUUCAACGAAUCUCUUUCAUAGGCUACGAUCAAAGCGAUCAACGAGCUAAUGAGAAACGCCUCUACAGCUGCAUACGAGAUCAUCAGCAGCUCUACAGACUGCUUCAGCUCGCCAUGGAAAUCUUUUCAGCCCCGAUGCUGGUUCAGUUCAUUGUGAUUGCCAUCGAUUUGGGGGCUGCCAUGUGUGGAAUCGUCUUCUAUGUCGAAAAUCAGCAGGAGCGUCUCUACUAUAUAACGUUUAUCUUUGCCCUAUUCCUGCAAAUAUUCCCGGUCUGUUAUUAUGGAACCCUGGUGGAACAUGUAUUUGGGCGUCUUCACUAUGCGGUCUUCACCAGCAAUUGGGUUGAUCAGAGCAUCGUCUUUCGCAGGACUGCCAUUAUCUUCGCAUAUCGAACACAGAAGGUGCCCAAAUUGUUGGCUGGCAACGUUAUACCAAUUGCCUUGACCACCUUUCUGGCCAACUGUAAGGCGGCCUACUCGUUCUUUACCUUGAUUGCGGACACUGGGCAGAAAAACCUUUAAGCAAGCUAAUUUAAACUUAUUUGCAAUUGAUCUAAUUGGGGUUUUUUCUGGGUUUUUCCCAAUCUCUACAUCAAAUUUUGGAUCAAUCUCUACAACUGGC